GUAAAACCAGAGACCACUGUGUACAGUGGAGAGACAGUCAGUCUGAAGUGUGUGAUAGAGUCUGGGAGGAACUGGAGAUAUAAGUGGUAUAAAGGCAGCACUCAGACUGCAGUGUCUCAGUCUAAUGGUUACACUAUAACUGGAAACACAUUGACCAUCAGAGCAGCUGCAGUAACUGACCAGGAUCAGUACUGGUGUCAGGGAGAGAGUGAUGACAGACCCACAUCCUCACAGAGAAGCAAUGACGUUACUCUGACUGUGAGAGAGAGACCAAAAGCUGUUGUGAUCCUGCAGCCUGAUAAACAGACAUUCAGUGGAGAGACUGUUACUCUCAGAUGUCAAAUACAGGGAGAGAGAGACACUGACUGGGAAUACAGCUGGUAUAAGAAGAGUUCUUCACUCAGUCCUGUCAGUAAAGAUCAGGAAUACACAAUCAGUCCUGUUUCUGAGUCCCACAGUGGUGAAUACACCUGUAGAGGAAAACACAGAAGAGACUCACAGAGCUCAGAGAUCAGUGAUGCUGUAACACUGGCUGGAGGCUUUGACAUGAGAAUGCAGUGCAAUCAAGAAGGCCAUAUUUGUGACUGUAACCCACCCGCAACCUCUGUGGCCUUUACCCCUGUUAAUUUGUUCCCCAAUGCUGAUCUGUCUGUGUUGCCCGAACCCUAUAAGGACCUUCUAGGUGUUUUUAGAACUUUACCUGCAUUGCAGCCCCCUCACAGCCACCACCUGCCAGCAUGUUUGCACUGGUCUUCCGAGGCCCAGGUGGCUUUCGAGACUCUCAAGACGCUUUUCACCUCAUCUCCCAUGCUGAUCCUGAACAUCCUUUCAUGGCUAGAGGGGGCCGAGCAUCCAUUUCUGAUGUGGACUGAUCAUAAGAACCUGGAAUAUCUCAGGGAGGCCAAGAGACUCAAGCCUCGCCAUGCUAAAUGGGCACUUUUUUUUAAUCUAUUUGACUUUGUCCUCCGCUACCGUCCAAGGUCUAAGAACAUCAAGGCCGUUGAGCUGUCUCGGCAGUUCAACUCCACUGGUCUCGACGGGGUCCCAGAGAACACCAUACCCACCUCAUGUAUUGUUCGUCAGGUGUGUCUUGCCUUGGAGGAGAAGGUCGUCAAAGCCCAGGAGAGAGAUCCAAAUCUAGAGGGAACUCCACCUGGCUGUCUUUUUGUUCCAGCCACCAUCCGGCCUGAGGUCCUGUUAAUACAGCAGCAUAUUUGGUGGCCUAGUAUGACUCAAGACAUUCAGGACUUCAUUCGAGCCUGCCCAAUUUUGAAGGCCUUUUGGUCUCUGUUCACCUCUAUGAGUCUCUCCUCAGGACACCACCCCCAGUCUAAUGGACAAAGCGAGAGGGUCCUGCGCUGUGUGGUGUUGGAUUAUCUAGCGUCCUGGAGCUGGAUGCUUUUUGUUACUGAGUCUGACAGUGGAGAAUACACAUGUAGAGGAAAACAGAAAAGCGACUCUCAGAACUCAGAGAUGAGUGAUGGUGUAACACUGACUGUGUUUGGUGAGUCUCUGUCUCCUCCAGUCUCUCUGUUCAUCAGUCCCAACACAACUCAACACUUUACAUCUGAUUCUCUCUCACUGAGCUGUGAGGUACAGAGUAACUCUACUGGAUGGACAGUGAGACGAUACACAGAUAAUGGAGAGGUGUCAGACUGUUCAUCAGACUGGGGAUCAGUAACAGGAUCUACAUGUAGCAUCAGCUCCCUCCAGUCAUCAGACAGUGGAGUGUACUGGUGUCAGUCUGACUCUGGAGGGAACAGUAAUCCUCUCAACAUCACAGUGACUGAUGGUGAUGUGAUCCUGGAGAGUCCUGUCCAUCCUGUUACUGAGGGAGAUACUUUGACUCUGCACUGUAAAUAUCGACAUGACUCCUCAGACCUCAGAGCUGAUUUCUAUAAAGAUGGAUUAGUCCUCCAGAGUCAGACUACAGGAGAGAUGACCAUCCCUACUCUCUCAAAGUCAGAUGAGGGUCUGUAUUGGUGUAAACACCCAGAGAGAGGAGAGUCACCAAAGAGCUGGAUCACUGUCAGAGCCGAAGCCCUAACGUUUACGCAUACAGAAGCCACCCUGUCUCUCCCCAGACUGCUCUGUUCUCUACUGGUACUUUCUCCAUAUCUGCUGGUGACCAUUGUGAUCGGGGUCAAAUGCUGGAGGGCUGGAGGUGAGAGCUUUGUUAAUAAAAUUAGCCAAAAGACAGAAUGGCACCAGUCCGACUUCAAUGCAGGAUCAGAAUCAGACAGGAGGAGGAAUGAGGGCUCAGUCAGGACGUGUGUCUACAAGACCAACAGGCCACAGAAGGACACAGUUUACUCACAGGUGACGUCAAACACAACCACAGGUUUUGUAGCUGGACCCAGUGAUGUGAUUUACACUCCCAUUGUGAUAAAACAGAAGAAAAACAAGAAGAAGAGAAAAGAUGACAUCAGCACCAGUACAGUGGUUGUUUAUUCAGAGCUGAAAAGGGGUAUGUAUGAGAAAGGCCUACAGAACAUUAGACAGCUCAUCUAA